AUGUUAAACAGCAGAAAUUCAACGAGUUGUUUAAAUUCGUCCAAUGCUAGAUCUUCCAGGGAACGUAAAAAUUGCCUGAAGCGUGCCUUGCAGCAAACAUUAGUUUUACAGGAAGUGGCCAAUGGUUCCACAAUAAAUAAGCUGGAUGAAGCCAUAAACGAAGUCGACCAUGUUACUUCUGAAACAAGUAUAGAAGAAAAAGUCUCUAAUCAGCAGGAGGUGCUUAUCGAUUCACAAAUGAUGACGUCAUCUUCCAAAGUUCUAAAAACUUGCACUAUCUCACUGACAAAGAGAAUGCGCGACUAUGAUCAUAUCGACUUUUCACAAAAAUUGGUAAAACAUUUGCAAGAAACAUCAGGAAAAUCACAGUCUCCGAAUUGGUCACUUUUAGAGAGACGGGUAACAAAAUUGUUUAAAAGGAUUGCUAAUAGCAGCACACUAUUAGGCACAUUGGAUCCUUUAGAGAAGAAGAUAAUAGUUAGGAAGAAACCUGAACAGAGAGUAGCAUCGCAACCUGCAGUGACAGUACCUGAUAAACUGGUGCCACAUGCAAACACAAAGGAUGAAGACAGUGUCGAACGUACUGUGAGAAAGAUUAAAAAGUUAAUAACAUGUUACUGUAAAGAAGCUGGAAAACCGCUCGAUUUCUUUCAAUUGAUUCUGCACCCCCAUGAUUUCGGAAGGACCAUUAGAAACAUGUUAUACAUAUCGUUCCUUGUAAAAGAUGGAGUAAUGAAAUUGAAAAAAGAUCAUAGAAGUCUCGUUGUGGAACCAUAUCACAAGGAAAUAAAUUCACAACAAAAACGAUCUAGCAAUAGAAUGGGUAUUCAGAAUGUCACAUCAUUAAACAUGAAACAAUGGAGAAUAUUGAAAAAAGCGUACAGAUUGGAACAACCAAUGAUUGAUUUUGACGAAGAAAAAUAAUUAUAAUCACUAACGUACUUUCUUAUCAAUGCAAAAAAGGACAUGUAAUUUCUAAUUUAUAUUUAUGGUAUUGCAUUAGAUUUUCAAUUAUA